CCUGUGUACUGUCACACAGUCGACCGCACACUCAUAAGUAUAGAAACGUGAAAGCUGUGCGAAGCUAAUGGCAAGGUGAAAUCGAGCUCGCAGUGCGCCGCGUAAUUCAGUGGCAAAGGGCUGCGCGUCGUCGGGAAAACUUCCGCAUGCGUUCACGCACAAUUAAAAAUGAUUAAUCGCGGGAACUGCAUGCUAUGAGGAUCCAUUUUUUACGUGCUGCGCUACAUGUGCGAUGUGAAACAAAAAAGAAAUGUCUUGCAGAGCGUCCUACGUUUUUAUCGUGAACGAUUUUAAUGCUGUUAUUUUGGCGUCGCGCCGUUAAAUUAAUAGUAAUUGUUACUUGGACUUUUAUUUCAUCCGAAGAUCAGUUGUGAUACAAGAAGACAUCGGAAUAUAAUCAUCACUUGCUCAUCGGCUAAAAUAUUACACGCUAGUGACGUCAACUGAUUGACACGCAUUCGAACAAAAACGAUGCGCGUUUACGUAUAGGAGUAAAAAAAUCUAGCGGACGUUGCAAAAUAUUUCAUUUGCAGCAGAAAAGACUUUUCAAAAUAUAUGCAAUAUAAAACCUCAUUGAUAAAAGAGUUUUGGUGCGACUUAAUGCAUUUAGUGAAGAAAAUUCGUCGUUAAAUAUUUUAAUGCUUGCUACACGAACAGUGCGCGAAUAAUUUUCGUAUCUGCGAUUUGCCAAGUCACGAAGAUAUCGAUAGAAUCGUCAUGAAGUGGAAGAGAAGACCGUGCGAGUUUCUGUCGCAGAAAACGUUUCUCAUAAUAAAGGAUGACUUGGGUAUGUUAAAAGCAGGCGCGACCAAGACAACAGAGAGUGAAAGAACGGCGGUAGCGAAAAAUGUGGCGAAUACCGGCACUUGGCCGCCAAAGAUGAAGCGCGUGCAAGCAUUCUGCGGGGAAGAGGAACCGGAACGGCCAAAAACAGCUAAUCUCACGAAACCGAGUGUCCUGGAUCCCAAAUUGGUAGACAAGCUCGACAUGUCAUUGCUUAGUAAGGAAUUGCUUAGCGAUUCGAUGACGCGUCUUCAUCAAUCGCCCAUCGCCAAGUCGGCCAGUGGGGGUACAACGACGUCGUCGUCGUCGUCGUCGUCGUUGCUACCGUCACCGUCGUCGGCAACACGACGACGCCAAACCACCACACGGUCGUCUCACGACGACGUCGUCCCAGUGCGUCGCAAGCGACGGAACUUCGAGCAGAUUUGCGAGCCGCCGAUCCCAGCGAACCAAAUGGAGAGCGAUCGAUCGCGAUCACCUGAUCGAUCAACCGGAAGCCGGAAGACCAUGUCGCUUGCGAGCGUCGCGACGCAAGAACACACGUCCGUCAAUCGCAACUCUGACGUCAGAAAGCUAGAUGACAACAAUAACAGAAAUGCUCCACCCAAAGUGCUGUCCACGGUGAAGAAGAAGAACUCUCGGGUCGGUCUGUCGAGUGAUCUCGAAAUAUUCACCACCACGUCGACACCAAAGAGCGCUCCGGAGCCCUGCAAGACCUGCGGACGCCCAGACCAGCCGGAGAGAUUUCACAGUCAUCCGAAGGGCAGUCAGAAAAUCAAAGACAUUCAUCCGUCGCCCGCGACGACGACGAAACCGAAGCCUGCCGUACCGUCAGUUCCAAAAUCCAUCCAGAAGCCGGUGGCGUUGAACUUUCGCAGCGACCGGAACAAGAAUAAACUGGAGGCGAUCGAGACGAAGUCGAUCGCUUCUUCGCAGAAUUCAGACCAGCCGAUGAGGCCGUCGUCCACGCCGGUGAAACGUGGCCGUAGGACUGUUACGUGCUACAUAUGCGGCCGGGAAUUCGGCACCGCCAGCUUUCCCAUACACGAGCCCAAGUGCAUGGAGAAAUGGGAGCGGGAGAAUAAUUCAUUGCCUCCAUCUCAAAGACGGCCCAGGCCUCAAAGACCCGUGGUUGGAAUCGAACACAACGAUUGGAAUGCAGCUGCAUGGGAACAGAGUCAGGAGCAAUUAAUUCCGUGUGCGAAGUGCGGGAGGACGUUUUUACCGGAACGAUUGCCGAUUCACGAGAGAAGCUGCAAAGCAACUCCGAAGAUAAAUAACGAAGUAAAACAUGAACGAUUGUCUACACCAUUGGUUAAUGCACGCAAUAUGCCACCCACCGUUCCCUGUCGAGUUUGUGGUCGAAACUUUGGCACCAGAAGCAUCAAAAUUCAUGAGCCUCAGUGCAAUAGACGAUGGCAAAUGCAGAACAAUUCGGCGAGUGCGCAGAAAGAUCAAUCGGCUUCUUAUAGGCGAAACUCAGCCAACGACCAGGAAAGUUCAUCGUCAACGUUUCCGGAUUUAUCGCAAAAGAAGACCGUUACGUGUUACAUAUGCGGCAGAGAUUUCGGAACUUCUAGUAUCGCCAUUCACGAGCCACAGUGUCUGAAGAAAUGGCAUGCGGAGAAUGACAAACUGUCGCCGGCUCGAAGAAGACAGGAACCGCAGAAGCCCGAUGUCGUAUAUAUACGUACGAUACAAUCGGCAAUGACGACUUCAUUGUUCGCAGAGGAUCCUCAGACGGGAAAUCUGGUGGUCGAUCAGGCGGCAACCACUGAAGCUAACUGGGUGACGCAUUUGAGCCAGCUCGUACCAUGCAAACAUUGUGGAAGGACCUUUAAUCCUGAUCGCGUGAAUAUUCACGAGAAAAGCUGUAAAGGAAAUCGCUAAGUGUUUAUUGUGUCGAUUUUGCUGGAUACGCUAAAUUUUGAAUAAUUUAAAAUAAAAAUUUAAUUAUGUAGGCAAACAGUACAGAUAGUAUGAUAAAAAUAUUGCUAUAUUUUAGAGAUGAUUUGUCUGUUUUUAUAUGAAAAUUAAUUAAUAUCAAGUCGCAGCUUUGUAACAUAGAAUACUUUUGCAGUGAUACCGUAAAUUUAUUCAAUUUGCAUUUAUUUAAUUUAAUUAAUGGUUUGUGCAUUUGUUAAUUAGUCGCCGCGAUAAUUAGCGAUUUUCUUUCUUCCCUCCCCACCAUCCAAAUUUUUUAUCUAUAAAAAAAAUGAUAAUCUAAUUAGGAAACCAGUUAAUGACCUAAACGUGUGCACUUCGUGUGAGUAUAAAUGUUAUCAGACACUGUUUAUAAGUGAUGUGUGUAAUUGUGAUAUAUGUACAAUGCACGUUAAUUUUUAGAAAUUGAUUAUAUACAUAUUGUAUAUACAAGCUCCAGAAUUAUCGUUAACGCGAACUUUGUCGACAUUAAUAUUGAUCCCAUCUCAACGAAAAGUUGAUCGUGUGGUAAUUUAUUAUAACGCUGAGAGGUUUGUAAGAAAUUCGAAUGAAAAUUUUGUAAAAUAAAGCUAAAAAGGAA